AGUAGAGAGAAGCGGUGCGGAUCCAGAGACAUUCCUGCGUGCGUGUUUCUCCGUCUAUGAAGCUCUGGAUGGCUGGCUAACCAGACAGAAAAUCACUCACACAGUUAUUCAGAUGUGCACCUCUUUGAUGCGAUAAAGCGGAUAUAUUUCUCACUUUUACUGGAGUCACAGAGAAGAGCUGCAAGAUGAAAUACAAAAACCUGAUGGCCAAAGCGUUGUAUGACAACAUGCCAGAGUCCCCUGAGGAGCUGGCCUUCCGUAAAGGGGACAUCCUAACGGUCAUUGAGCAGAACACGGGAGGCCUGGAGGGCUGGUGGCUCUGCUCCCUGCACGGUCGCCAAGGCAUCGCCCCUGGCAACCGCCUGAAGCUGCUGAUCGGACCCAUGUUCGAGGCCCAGUCACCGGUUGGCGCCGCUGCACAGUCCUCUCCUCAGAGCUCUGCCUAUCCGCAGAAGGCUGGCUCGGGGGCUCAGGGGAUCUACCAGGUGCCACCUUCUCUCCAGAGUCCACAGCAGCAGAGUCAGCAGAGCAUCUACCAGGUUCCCCCUGGACAAGACAUCUACCAAGUCCCACCAAGGAGUACUCUAGCUGCUGAUAACACUCCGAGCAAGGUGGUGACCCCGACCAGAGUGGGACAGUCCUACACCUACAGCCCAGGCCAGCACAACCAGCAGGACGUCUAUGAUGUCCCACCCACUAGAUCACAGGGGGUGUACGAUAUUCCACCUGGUCAGAUGUAUCCGAGCGCCAGAAACCAAGGAGUCUACGAUGUUCCUCCGUCUCAAGUGGACCCCAGGACACAAGGAGUUUAUGACAUACCUCCCUCAUCACAAGGGGUCUACUCAGUGCCUCCAUGCAGGACCAACACCGCCCUGCAGGAGGGAAACUACGAUUUCCCGCAGCCUCUCAAACACAAACAGGAAGGUAUCUACGACGUACCGCCACCUGUCGUCACCAAGCCCACACAGAGCCCCCAGUCGCAUUACGAUUUCCCCCCCAGUGUGGAGCCUCCUGCCCAUCACAAACACCAAAAUACCAACGGAAACGAAGGCAUUUACGACGUACCUCCACCCACCCUUCUUUCAGGGGCAGGGUCUCAGAGAGACAUAUACGACAUCCCUCGGGGCAUGCAGCCCCCCCAGCACAGAACUUCGCCCGCUGACAGAGACGGAAGCAAAGGCAUCUACGACAUCCCUGCUCAGGAUGCUCGGGCAGUAGCAGACAUGACGGACGGCGUGAACCGUCUGUCGAUCUCCAGCACCGGCAGUACACGCAGCAGCAUGUCCACCUCCUCGUCCUCCACGGGCUCCAGCACCGAGGGCCGCCUCGCUCUGGAUGUGGACGCUGCUGUCCAGAGGUUGUACCGCCUGCAGCAGGCCGUGGAGGCCUCAGUCGGGGGGUUACAUUCAAUGGCAGCAUCCCCUCACUGGAGGACCUUUCCCUUCAUGGAGCGCCACGCUAAUGACGUCCGCACAGUGCUAGACAGGGUCCGGGCUGCUCUGGGGGACUUUGUUGUGUUUGGUAGAGGGGCUGCAGUAAACGCCACAGCUCUAUCAGACUCCAGCCUGCACUGUAAGCUGAGAAGGCAGCUGGGACGCCUGGAGGAUUCACAGCAGAUCCUCCUGCAGAUCUACCAAGUCCUGGAGAACUGCAGCUGGGCUCUGAACACCCUAGCGUCAUCUGGCAAGCAGCACAACAAGAGCGACGACCUGGAUCGCUUCGUCAUGGUCUCCAGGACUGUUCCCGAUGACACCAAGCAGCUGGCCUCCACCAUAGGCAGCAAUGCUGAGCUGCUGUUUCUGCGGACACACAUGGACGGGUCUUUCUCCAUCGGAAACGCACCUGAUGAGAACACGAUCCGCCCGCUCACCUCCCCCUCCUCUGAUAACGACAACUACAGAGGCAAGGCCAAGCCCUUCCCUGUGCCCUCCAGCCAAGACAAAGACAACAUGAACAACAGCGAGAAGUGUGUGAAGAGCUGGAUGGAGGACUAUGAUUACGUGCAUCUGCAGGGCAAAGACGACUUUGAACGUCAGCAGAAGGAGCUGUUGGAUAAAGAAAACAUUAUCAAGCAGAGUCAAGUGCAGCUAGGCCAGGAACAGAUCAAUCAGUUCAAGAAGCUGGAGCAGGAAGUGAUUAAACCCGUGGAGAACGACAUCUCACAGUGGAUCUCACACCAACACUCGGGCAUAACCUCUGCCUCCCCCUCGGACUCGUCCUCCUCCCUGUCCCCCUCCACCCCUGUUUGUGCCCGGGACCGCCAGCUGCUCACAUUCUACUCCGAGCAGUGUGAGCAGCACUUCGUCACGCUCCUCAGCGCUGUGGACGCCUUCUUCGGCUGCGUCAGCACCGGGCAGCCUCCUCGCAUCUUCGUGGCACACAGCAAGUUCGUCAUCCUCAGCGCCCACAAACUGGUCUUCAUCGGAGACACUCUGUCCAGGCAGGCCUCAGCUCCUGAGGUCGCCAACAGGGUGAUGAACUCCAGCAACGUGCUGUGUGACUUGUUAAAGACGGUGGUGGCUGCGACUAAAACGGCCGCCCUGAACUACCCGAACACGGCUGCCAUCCAGGAGAUGGUGGACAGAGUCACUGAUCUCUCACACCACGCACAACAGUUCAAAGAACAGUUGUUGCAAUUGGCCAAUUUGUGAUUUUCGGCCACGUUGCUCCAGUACAUUUCACCACACUCCAUGUGUACAUUAAUUUAGCAUAAAUAUAUAUAUUUACAGUAUAUAUAUAUUGCUUUUCAUCUUUAAGCUUGUUUUGGAUCUUGUAAAUAGUCUGUUCUGUAAAUAUUUGCUCUAUUUUUGUGUAGAUUGUUUUAUAUAAUGGUAUGAAUAUAUAUGUAGCUGCAGUAUUGGUGUCUCUGUAGGAUUAUGUAGAUGAUUUUCAUAACAUUCCUGUCGUAUAUUAUGAAGCACCUUAUGAGAUGUCCUGUUUUAUUUCAUUUUUACCUGUAGAAUGUUGUUGAUGUCUUACUGCUGGGUGUGACAGUAAAUCUCCUUGUAAAUCUUGUUAAUGUCGAUGUUAUGUGUGGGGAGCUCUCCACAAAGUAAAGGAUUGUUCCUAACCAUG